AAGGAGAGGAAACACUUCUAAAUUUGUAAUGUCAGUGGAAACUUUUAAAAGUAGGCUGUUUGAAAUGCAAGAAAAUCUGUGUGUAUGUUUCCAGUCAAUCUACUGAUCUUUAGAUCAAAUAUUCCUUUUCCGAGAUAAGCACUUCUGGGGGGUUCAGGGCAGUGGACUGUAAAAAUUAAAGCCAAAGUCCUGUUUAGUUGGAGAGGAUUUCUUGGCUUCCUUGGCUGGGUCCCCACACCUUCUCAGCUGAGAGUCUUUCUAGGGCAUCCACUGUAGAGCGGCUCCUGCUGAUAGUGUGUGCUGUAAUUGUCUGUAUCCACUGUUCUAGCUGUUUCUUGAACAUGGCUCUUCUCCCUAGAGACUGCUAAAUAGAAGAGGUAUGUGUAUGUGUUGGCAUGGGAGGAUGGGGUGAGAGAAUGGAGACUUGGUUCUGUUUUCCUCUUUGUAAUUUACUGCCUCUAUGUGAGGUGGGGAUAUGGAUGCUCAGCCUGUAUUAAUUUGAUCGCUUUGCAGUGGUUACUUACCCCAGUGGUUCACAAUAGUUUAAUACAGCUUAGUAGAUGGUAGAUUUACUUUUUUCUCAGAGACCUGGAGUGUUAUGACCUACAGAGACUCUGUAAUAUUCCAAAAGCAAGCAAAAAUAAUAACAUCCUAAGAGACUUGAUUAUAGGCAGAGUUUUAAAAAUAAGUCUGGUUAUCAGUCUUGGCACAUACCCUUCUUGUUUCCACGUUUCUUCUCUACUUCCCUGCUUUACUGUACAUGCACUGAGUGUUUAUGAACAUAGUGUUAUGAAGAAAAGCAGUGCCUCUCAGGAGGCCAGCAGUAUUGCCAGGUAGGAAACCACCAAAACUUCUGGACACCACCAAGCAGAGCUUCUUGACAAUGGAAAAUGCUUUGUGUUGCAGGAAACUUAGUCACAAGGAUUUGGCAUCACCAAGUCCCCUAAAGACCAUCAAGUUCCACUUCCCUGUUCUGUCCUGGAGUCCCACCCAGGUGGCAGAUCAAAGGCAAUUUCCAUGAGGGACAAAGAUAAGGGUGACUUAAAUAUACAUACUUUUAAAUUCCUCUUAACCUCGAAAGGACCGGACAACUUUCAAUGGCUAAAUAGUUUUCUAUGCCGUGUCAGUGUAUUUCCAUUGACACCAGAGAUUUUUCUGUUGGUUAUCCACACCCCAGUGGACGGAUCACACACUCCAUGGACCACAAUAAACUGCUUUAGCUUAGUGCCAUCCCCAGAUCCCUAUGGAUAUGGAAUAUGUAUUAACAUUGAGUAUGUGCUUCGGCUUAAAGUUCUACUUUUAGAAAUUUAGGAGUCAGCAAAAAGACAAGCAUGGAAAUUCACAUGCACACAUUUAUCUAUUGAACAUUAUUCACUGAACAAGAGCAUGUCCAAAGAGCCAGGUGGCCUGCAUUAGUUAUGUAACCUUAUAAAUGUCAUCAGCUCUGUCUUGUUUGGAAAAGGGACAGACAAUUGUCUCUACUUCAUAGGGUCUAUAUUAUGAGAAGUAAGCAAGAAUAUGUAAAAGGUUCUUAGGAUGGUAUAUAGUAUUUGUUUGUAAUAGGAGAAAAAUUAGGAAUACCCUACUUUUCAUUUAAAAAUAUGGUAUGUUUGAAAGGUAUUCAUAUGUUAAAGGAAAAGCCAAGUAGAUUCUGUAAUGUGAAUAGUACCAAAACUCAACCCCAGUUAUUCUUUGCUAAUGGAAUUAUAGACUGUUUUUCCUUCUUGAUGUUAUUUUCUUAAUUUUUUUGCAAAAGAAGUAUAUUAUAAACUGGCCUUUUAAUCCUUGCAGAGUAGUAACAGCUAUCAUUUUUUUCAGAUCUUAUGCUUUUCUAAGCUAUAUAUAUGUUAGUUGCUCACAGUAACUCUAUUAAGCAGUUGGUAGGAUGAUCAUCUCUGUUUAACAGAUGUGGUAACUGAAGUGCAGAGAGGUGAGAUAACAUGCCCAAAUCCCUCCACCUGGUAAUCGGAGGUGGAAUUUUGACUAUGAGCCACCUGACCCAGAGUUUGUGUGUUUAGACUCAAUGCUCUUUGAUUUCUGUAGCCACAAGAACUGCACUGAAACACAGUACCUCCAACAAUGCCCCCGGUACAUUGCUGUUUACAGGAAAUGAGAACACCACGUUUGUACCUGCAAUGGCAACUAAUAAAUGGGAUUCUCAUGUCUUCAGUCUUUCUCUUUGUUAUUUUGCAUAGCGAAUUGGGAAGGUAUAUUAGAUGAUCCAUUGAAAUCAACCUACUGAGCCAGGCACAGUGGCACACACUUGUAGUCAAGAAGCUCACCUGAACCCAAGAGUUAGAGGCCAGCCUGAGCAACAUAGUGAGACUCCAUCUCAAAAAAAGUCAAACUUCAUUUUCCUGUGUGUUAUGAUUUAUAUCUAGAUGUCCCCCAAGAGCUUCAAGUUCUCAUAAAAGGGGUUUUUGGAAAGAGAUUGGAUUAUGGGGUCUUAUCCCUAACUUGCUGUUAGGAGUCGGGGUUUGGUCAGAAGAGAAGGGUCACGGUGGGCAUGACUUGGGAGCAUUUAUCUCCCUUUCUGGCUCCUUCCUUCACUGUCUCUCUGCUUCCUCUCAGCCAUGCUUUGAGCAGCUCUCCCUGACCAGGCCCUUUUGCCAUGUUGUUUCUUCUUUUUAUUUAUUUUUUAUUAGCAAAGUGUUUUUAAAUUUUUUAUUGGAUGUGUUUGUAGUACAUAGUGAUUGCAUUCACCUGGGGAGUUGGUAAAUACACAGAACAUGUCUUCAUUCUUUUUUUUUUAUCCCUUUGUCCUCUACACCCUUCCCACUUCCUUCUUUGGGGCUGGGAACCAUGGACUGAAAUGUGAGCCAAAAUACACCUCUCCUUUAAAUUGUAGAUGUUGAGCAACAAAGACCAUGACCAAGACACUGUAUACCUUUAAGAAGAGCUCACUGGCUUUUUUCAUUGUAUUCAUCAAACUGCAAAUAGUAUAUUUUUUAAAAAUCACAAGCUACACUUCGUUGUGAAGUAACAUGUGCAUUUUUUACUGCCAUGUGAUUUAAAUAGUUCUGAAUUCAGCUGAAGGGCACUCUGAAUGUGGUUCUAAUGUUUUUCAGAUGUGCAGAAAAUAAGAUGGCAAGGUACUAGAACAAAGUGAUCUCAGACCCUGUAAAUACCAAAAAAUCAAUGUAUUGAGUCCCAGAAACAAUAAAAUAUAAAACAAAGUUACUGUUUUUAGCUCAGGAAAUAUAAUUACUGUAGAUCAAAGGCAUCCAGUGGUAAUGGCCGAUUUUUAGCUAUUUUCUGUUCCUGUUUUAGAAUUUCUGUUUUUAUGUAGGCAGUUAAACUAGAAUUGAUGAGUUUUUGUGUGUCUUUUAAGGAAUGAAAACUGGGUGUUUCCAAGGAAUAAUUUCAUACUAGAAAAUAUUUUAAACCUAGUGGCUACACUGACAGGAUGUAUUUUUGAAAAUUGCCCAUAUUAAUCAUUUAAUAAGUAACCUGAUAAUUUGCUAGCAGACAAAGCUGGUUGAAUUAGGCUGUCAGGAGUUGCUUGUUGCUGGAUUGCACUAUCAAUCACCAACCCCUGCAAAAUACUACAACUCAGCAACUAAUUAAGUUCGGGGAGCUCUAGGAGUUCAUUACAUCAUUAGACAAAGUCUGUGCAACUGAGAAGGAGUAGCUGGUCUGGGUCCUGAUGAAUUGCCAUCCUAAUGUCCCUCCUUAUUCUCCUGGGAGCUGGGAGCUGGGAGUCACAGCUGUCAUAUGGCUAAGGGUCAUUCUCCAUCUCUUUCCCAGAAGACACUGGAGUUCAUGGAUCCUGAAGAAGACAUUUUUCUCUCCCUGAUUUGCCACAGCCAGCGUCCCUUUUAGCAGAACUAACGAACUCGAUGGGAGAGAGGAUCCUUUCACUGGCGUGGCCUCACCGUGGCCUGUUUGUUAGGGAGAUGGCGAUUAAUAGUUGGCUCCAAAACCUCUGUCAUCUCCAGUUCCUCCCUCUUGCCCUCUGAGGGUAAAGUGUGGUAUCCCAGAAGAGCUCUGAGGAUUUGGUCCUGCACAGCCCUUGUCACACACCAGCCUUCCGCAAUCAGCCUGUACUUUUCAAAAUAGUAUAAGAGUGAGACUCAUGUCUACCUUAGAGAGUUGUCAAGAAUAAAUGUCACAAAAAAAUGAAAAUGCCUCACACAGGGCUUAGGAUCUAGGAGGCACUUAACAAAUAAUCAUCGUUAUAAUCGAGGAUUUAGAUUAUUUAUAUUCCCCUAGAUCCAAAAAUGGGAGCGGCCUCUGGUUGUAGAAUAGAAGAAUCACAAAUUGUGUCGUAGUUAAUUAACAAACUGUUAGUCAAACAAAACUGUGUGCCUAGGUCUACUUUCUAAAAGCACUGUUUCAUCUUCCAUUUCAGAGGUCCUAUUAACUUACCCUCUCUUGCCUCUUCCCCAGCCAAUUUCUGGAAAUAUUUCCACUAUUGCUUUUUCAGAACUAUGUACGUUUCAUCAGAACAAAUUUGUAUUAAUGUAAUCACACACCCAACACUUAUCUGUACUCAACAUGUAACGUUGUCUUCAUAAAGUAUUAAUGCCACGCCAAAACUAAGCACAAUUCCAAAUGUCUGUAUAAUUCACAGGUCUCAUUUCUGCCAUUCUGUUUGAGAAACAAAGAAAAAAAUGUCCUGCUCUUGGGCAAAAUUGUGCAUACUCUUUAGAAAGUCAGAUCUGUAAUCAAAUAGCGUGGGGGUCAGUAGCUUCGGAGCCCAGACUUCUCUCCCGGCAGCUUCUAACCAGCCGCCUAUCUCCAGAUCCGAUGUGCCAGAUUCAGCUGUGGCUCGAUGCCUGCAGCCCAGAGAGAAACUCUUCGAAGAACUGCUUUGGAACAGCAGAGUGCAUUUUCAUUCUGCUGACGCUUUGGGCUGGCACCUUGCUGAGUGAGAGCCCGUCCCACGGGAGGCAGGCUCUUCUUGCCCAGCUUGGGCCCCUCCUGCUAGUCUGCUGGAGGCUGGCAUCUGUGUGCCACCAGGCCGGCCGGCCCCAGCCUGUCUUUAUGAAAUGAUGCCCUUGUGCCUGCUCCUUCUCCUCUCUGCUCCGGGGGAAACACUGAGAGCCUGCAGUGAAGCUGAUUUCAGCUCGUCGAGCAGCACAGGCAGCAUUUCGGCUCCGGAGAUCCAUAUGUCUACAGCGGGAAAUAAGCGAUCCACCUUCUCACGCAACCGAGGUCCCCACGGGCGCAGUAAUGGCGCUUCAUUGCACAAGCCCGGCAGCAGCCCACCAUCCCCGCGGGAGAAGGACCUUCUGUCCAUGCUGUGCAGGAAUCAGCUGGGCCCCAUUAACGUGCAUCCCAGUUACGCUCCUUCGUCCCCGAGUAGUAGCAACUCAGGCUCCUACAAAGAAAGCGACUGCAGCCCGGUCAUGAGGAAACAGGAUAAAGUAGUACCUCUGUUCGUGGCUUGUUUCAGGCGGCCUGGAAGGUACAUGUCUUGUGGAGAAAACCACGGUGUGAAGCCCCCGAACCCAGAACAGUAUCUGACUCCUCUGCAGCAGAAGGAGGUCACCGUAAGACACCUGAAGACCAAGCUGAAGGAGUCUGAGCGCCGGCUUCAUGAAAGGGAAUCAGAGAUCGUGGAGCUCAAGUCCCAGCUGGCCAGAAUGAGAGAAGACUGGAUCGAAGAAGAGUGCCACCGGGUGGAGGCCCAGUUGGCACUCAAAGAAGCCAGGAAAGAGAUUAAACAGCUCAAGCAGGUCAUCGAGACCAUGAGGGACAACUUGGCGGAUAAAGAUAAAGGCAUUCAGAAGUAUUUCGUGGACAUCAACAUCCAGAACAAGAAGCUGGAGGCCCUGCUCCAGAGCAUGGAGAUGGCGCACAGUGGCUCUCUGAGGGAUGAACUGUUUCCGUGCGAUUCCCCGAAGAAGAGCUUACCUCCCAUCACCCCUCUGGGCAAGACAACAGACGGCUUCUCCUUGGAAGAGCAGGUCACAGAGGAGGGUGCUGACAGUGAGCUGCUGGUGGGAGAUAGCAUGGCUGAUGGUGCAGAUCUGUUUGAUGACAUGGUGACAGCUACCACCACAGAAUCUGGUGACCUGGAGCUGGCCCGUUCCACUCCGGAGGCAGAAGUUCUCGACGUCCUUCCUCUGGCCAUAGGGCAGGAGCAGGCCAGUGUGGUGGUGGAGCAGGCCGUGCAGACUGACGUGCUGCCCUUCAGCCCUGCUGUCUCUGAGCUCAUUCAGAGCAUGUUCAAGCUCCAGGACUCCUGGCCCUCGAGCUCGGCAUCCCCUGAUGAAUCUGGGGCUGACUCGAUGGAGAGCUUCCCAGAGUCCAUCUCUGCCUUAAUGCUUGAUUUAACUCCAAGAAACCCGAACUCGGCCAUCCUUCUGUCUCCCGUGGAGACCCCAUACAGCAAGGCGGUUUCAGAAGCUCCUACGAGCCGCCUCAUGCGAGAGCUGGAUUUUGUGUCCUGCACUGCAGAUGAAAGGUUGGAUGGAGUCUUCCCGUCAUCUCAGGGGACCCUCUCACGGCAGUACUGGAGCAGCAGUUUCCUGGUGGAUCUCCUGGCUGUGGGCGCCCCUGUGGUACCCACAGUUCUGUGGGCAUUCAGUACUCAGAGAGGGGGAAUAGAUCCUGUCUACAACAUUGGAGCCUUGCUCCGGGGCUGCUGUGUGGUCGCCCUGCAUUCUCUCCGCCGCGCCGCCUUCCACAUGAAAACCUAAGUCCCUGUCCUUACCCUGUGCCAAUUUGUCCCGUUUGGCAUUGUGCCAGGUAGAGAAACAGCAGGUGGAACCGUGGCAGUCUCUAUUCUGUCGUUUUGCUCCUUGGUAUUUGAUUUGCACUAUAGUUAGUUGAAGCCUGUUCACUGUUUAAAAUCGGAGGUAUCUUCAAAGGCAUGGAGACCUGGUCCCAGUAAACGUCUCACCGGUGUGGUAUAGAAAGCAUGCUCGUGACCCUGCCGUGUCGUCCAAGGUACCCGUUCUUAUCCUAGUGGUUCAGGAAGAGAAAAUGCAGAGUUUGCACUUUCAAGACAGCUUCUCCAAGGCUGGCAUGUUAUCUCCUUGCUUUGCUUUGUGCCGUUUUAAAAUGUGUAAUUGUUCCAGCAUUCCAAUGGUCUUGUGCAUAGCAGGGGACUGUAACCAAAAAUAAAAAUGUACUUGUGUAACUGGGUUGAAGAAGUCUUGAAUAGCUCUUUAGUGUUUACUUGGGGUGGUAAGGUUUGAGUGUUUGCAGUUUUUUACUAAAUGUAGCUCCAAAGUCUUCAAUGGCUGUUUGUUCUUAAACCUGUUAAUUGAUGGAAUCGUAUGUAAGUUUACAAUGUACUAACUUAUUUUUUGCUUAUUAUAUAUAGUGUUUUAUUGAAAAUUGUUUGUAAGCACACACUUCAGCAUGAUGAAAAUAAAGGUUAGUGUUUUCGUUUAAAUAAAUGUUUUAUCCUCCUACAAA